AUGCCGUCCCUCCUCAUCCUCAUCGUAGACCUCCACCCUCUAUCCUGGUCCCUCCUCUCCAUCCCUCCAUCACCUCAACCAUCAGAUCCGACCCUCUCCCCGAUCAUAGCCAAAUCUCUUCCCUCCUCACUAACCCUGGAAGAGUUCAUCACCCAAUUACUAGUCUUUCUCAACGCUCACCUCGCCAGUCAAUGGGGAAACAGAGUAGUGGUGUAUGGUGUGUCGGCGGGUAAGAGCAGGUUGUUGUUCCCCGCUCCCUCAACCACUCGGGAUGAUACGAAUACUCCCAGUGGAAACGUAUAUGAACCGUUCAGACUUUUAGAUAGUGGGUUGGAGCAGGGGUUGAGGGGGAUGAUGAGUGAGGAGGGUGCACGGGAGGGUAAAGGGUUGAACGAACCACCCGCUUUGGUAGCGGCCAUGACCAAGGCUUUGUGUUACCUCAACCGUCUCUCCCCUUCCACCGCUACCCUCCAGACCACCGACACCAGGAUGUUAAUAAUCAACGCCACUCCUGGAUCUUCUUUCUCCGAAUCUGAUUCUUCUGGUGGGUUGAGAGGAGGUUAUGUGGGUUUGAUGAAUUGUGUGUUUGCCGCUCAGAAGGGUAAAAUCCCAAUCGACGUACUUACCCUUCCCCCGAGUUAUACCCAAACCUCCCCACCGAUAUUUCUCCAACAAGCCGCUCAUCUGACCGGUGGGAUGUAUUGGAGGUGGAAUGGACGUGGUGGUGUUUUACAGUAUUUACACGUUGGUUCAUAUAUUUCAUCACGAUCCACAAUCUUUCCCCGUUUUCAUACACAAUGCAGCUUGUUCAUAUCUUCUUCAUCACUUCCCACCUUUAGUGUCGCAUUAUAUAUCUUUUCACCGGAAACAAUAAUGGCAAACGGAGAGAAGUGA